AUGGUUCCAGCCGGUAUCCGGUUAGACUUGGCCGACGGAACUCUUUGCCUCCCCGAUGAGGUCAGGGUACAGUUGACUGGGCGAAGGACGCUGUACAAUACUCGAGUAUCGGAUGUGAAAUUGGGUCGGUAUGUACAGAUAUCCGUUGGAGGAUGUACGGAAGUGCCUCUCAAAAGGUCGAACUCCGAACAGUGGAAAUUGUGGGUAACGAGAGGCGAACGAUGGGUAACCACCAUGAUACAAGGGAUAGGGCGUCGACCGAUUUUGAAGAUAACCAAUGUCAGCCCUCGCCCCUUAACAUUGCAUGAAGAUACCAAGGUAAGUAUGUGGUUGACCAGGGAUCACUGUCGUCCCGAGAACCCCAAGAUCGACCAUCACGUCGACCCAACAGAAGAGGAAGAGGGACCACUAGUGGAGAGACCAGAGUAUACGAUUCCGUCACACAUCUUACAGCGACCAGCGGUCCCAACCCCAAUGAUGAAUAUAGUGCACCAACCGGUACCCGACAGAGAAGAACAACCGUGCGAAGAGAGGGUGAAUUGGCAGGAGGGGACCGCCCAAAAGCGGAGUGUAUUUGAAGAAGACCUACAUGCAGUGACCACCACCAAGGAGAAGGAAGCCAAACUGGUAGACUUGUUACAGGCAGAUGACCAGAUUCCUUAUCCAGAUGGGAAUACUCCCGAAGAGGUGGACCGGUUGCGUCAAAUAAUAUGGAAGAAACGACAUCUGCUGAUGGGCAAAGGUAACGCUUUACCCCCGGCCGCCCGAGGAGCGAUAUGCGGUAUCGAUGUGGGGAACGCAAGACCGAUCGCGCAACGUGUACGGAAGGUGGCUCCUCAAUUCAGAGAGAAGCUAGCUGACCUGAUUAAGGGACUGUUAUCAGCAAAGAUCAUUCAGCCUUCCACCUCGCCAUGGGCCAGCCCAAUUGUAAUUAUCGUGAAGAAGAAUGGGGCCGAUAUUCGAUUAUGUAUCGACUAUCGGUUGGUGAAUGAUCUCACCCAGCUCAUGGUUUACCCGAUGCCGUUGAUUAACGAAUUAAUAAUGGAGGACCUGGACGGAGCUUUGUGGUACUGUUCUCUUGACAUGGCGAGUGGUUUUUGGGUCGUCAGUGUGACCGAAAGGGCGAGACUAAUCUCGGCGUUCGUUACUCCACUGGGAUUAUUUGAAUGGCUUCGGAUGCCUUUUGGGCUUAUGAAUACGCCUCAGAUUUAUCAAAGGUUGUUGGAUAAUGCGUUAUAUGGAUUCUUACGGAUUUCGCCAGGGGCUGCCACAGAGGAAACAGAGGAUUUGUUUGCAACAGGGGAACCCGAUGCAAAAUCGGGCCUCUCUGUAUUGGGUCGACGAUCAUACAUUGACGAUAUACUUGUUCCGGCCGAAUCGUGGGACGUAUUAUGCCAGAAAGUGGAGCGGCUUCUAGACGUGUGUGACUAUUGGAAUUUGUCUGUCAGUGCCGUCAAGAGUACGUGGGGAUGUCGGAAGGUCGAGUAUCUUGGACAUCGAGUUUCCAAAGGGGGACUAGAGGCCCACCCAAAAGAUCUUCAGUCUUUGGUCGACCUACCUCUACCGACAACGCUGAAGGCUAUGCAGUCCUUUCUAGGAAGCCUAAAUUACUACAGCAGGUGCAAGUUGAAGGCUAACGAGGAAGACGACGAAGUAAAAUGGUCGAAGGUACAAGUAGCGCUUGCCAUGCUCAAGAGCAAGAUUGCUACGGCGCCCAUCCUACGACAUUUCGACCCGGCUAGAGAGGCGGUCAUCAUUGUCUACGCAAGUGAUUGGGAUAUCUCGGCGUCGUUGGUGCAGAAUUACGACGGCAUGUACAUGCCGGUAAUGUUUACGAGCCGAACCCUCAAGUCAAACGAGUUGAACUAUAGUACAGUGGAAAAGGAAGUGUUGGCGUUGUUACGAAUAUUGGAAACUUGCAUCAAGAUGUUGAUCACCCGAUCUCUCAAGGUUCUGACGAGGCAUUCUACACUAUCCUGGCUAGUGAAGUCUUCGGGGUUGCAAGGUCGCUUAGGAAACUGGGCCGCUCUGUUGUCACAGUGGACUUUGGAGAUUGUGAAAUGCAAGAAAGGCGAAGACCAGGUACUGGGGGCGUUAGCUGCCAGCAUCACGCCUCGAGAGAAUGUGGACUCCAUCCUGUCGCCAAUUGCUCCCAAGAAGCAGUCCAGGCAAGUGGCCGACCUACCGACGCCCACAGUGGAAUUAAACGAAGAACUGUAUGUGAUGAGUUUCGAUGGGUCGGCCCGGGUGAAACAAGGGGGAGGUGCUUGCAGCGCUAUUGUGUGGAGACUCCCUGCAUGGACUAUAGUCGCAGCUGCAUUGAAAUAUCUCGACAAGUCUACAGUGAAUGAAGCUGAAUAUGAGGGCAUGUUACUGGGUUUUAACCUGUUGGAGCCAAUGGAGCGACGGCGUUUGAUUAUUUGUGGAGACUCCAAUCUGGUUAUAAGACAGAUGCGUGAAGAGAUUGAAUGCAAAGCUUCAGGUUUAUCCCCGUUGCGGGUCAAGGCGUUGAGUAAACUCCAGUCGUGGCCCACCCAUGCAGUCCUACAUGUGAAACGAGACUGGAAUUAG